GCUGCGGGGAAAAAUGUCCAAUAUUUUGCACGCCUCGUCUCAAGUGAGGUGGGACCGCGGCGCUGCGGCGAGGCGAGCGGUCUUCAUGGUGGCCGCUGCCUACGGGGCGAAGACGCUGUACCCCAUCCUCUGCAGGCACGUCCGCCGGCGGAGAGACCGCCAAGCGAUGAGCGUGGUACCGGCGGGGCACAAUGGCUUGUUACUGCCCCCGGCGCCCGAUGCUGCGCCUGGCAAGUGGUCUCCUGCAGUGAACGCGGAUUUCCUGAGGCAGAUCGCGGAGCUCGUUAAGAUCCUCUUCCCAAAACUCAUCAGCAAGGAGCUGGGGCUGCUGUGCCUGCACUCCGUGGCCCUGGUGUCGCGCACCUUCCUUUCCAUCUACGUGGCCGGCCUGGACGGCAAGAUCGUGAAGACGAUCGUGGAGAAGCAGCCGAGGAGCUUCGUGUUCAAGCUGAUCAAGUGGCUCCUCAUCGCCAUUCCGGCCACGUUCGUUAACAGCGCCAUCCGCUACCUCGAGGGCCAGCUCGCGCUGGCCCUCCGCACGCGCCUCGUGGAGCACGCGUACCGCACAUACUUCACCGAGCAGACGUACUACAAGGUGAGCAACAUGGACGGCCGGCUGGCGAACCCGGACCAGUCGCUCACCGAGGACAUCAUGAUGUUCUCGCAGUCGGUGGCGCACCUCUACUCGAACCUCACCAAGCCCAUCCUGGACGUGAUGCUCACCUCGUACACGCUCAUACAGACGGCGCGCUCCCGGGGCGCGGACGCCGGGGGCCCCACGCUGCUCGCGGGGCUCGUCGUGUUCGUCACGGCCAAGGUGCUGCGCGCCUGCUCGCCACGUUUCGGCAAGCUCGUGGCCGAGGAGGCGCAUCGCAAGGGCCACCUGCGCUACGUGCACUCGCGGAUCAUCGCCAACGCAGAGGAAAUCGCCUUUUACAGGGGACACUCGGUGGAGAUGCGGCAGCUGCAGAAAUGCUACAAGGCCCUGGCAGAGCAGAUGAACCUGAUCCUGUCCAAGCGCCUGUGGUACAUUAUGCUGGAGCAGUUCCUCAUGAAAUACGUGUGGAGUGGUAGCGGACUGGUCAUGGUGGCCGUGCCCAUCAUCACCGCCACGGGCUUCGCAGACAACGAGCUCGCAGACGGUCAGACGCAGGUGCUGGUGAGCGAGAGGACCGAGGCGUUUACCACGGCACGAAACCUUCUGGCUUCGGGGGCGGACGCCAUUGAGAGGAUCAUGUCUUCCUACAAAGAGGUCACCGAGCUGGCAGGGUACACAGCCCGCGUACACAACAUGUUCCUCGUGUUUGAUGAGGUGCAGAAAGGUGUGUACAGGCGAUCUACACUGUCCCAGGCACCUACAGGGGAGAAGAAGACUGCAGCCAAAUCAGAGAUGCACAUUGAUGGCCCUCUGGAGAUAAACGGGAAGGUUGUUGACGUGGACAAUGGUAUUGUAUGUGAAAACGUCCCCAUAAUCACUCCAAAUGGCGACAUGGUUGUGUCCAGCUUGAACUUCAAGGUCGAAGAAGGGAUGCACCUCCUAAUCACGGGACCCAACGGAUGUGGGAAGAGCUCCCUGUUUCGCAUUCUCAGUGGGCUGUGGCCUGUCUAUGGUGGUCUCCUUCACAAACCCAGCCCACAACACAUGUUCUACAUCCCUCAGAGGCCCUACAUGUCCCUCGGAACCCUACGGGACCAAGUGAUCUACCCAGACUCAAUGGAGGACAUGCAGGAGAAAGGGUACAGCGACCUGGACCUGGAGGCCAUCCUGGACAUCGUGAACCUCAACCACAUUGUCACGCGUGAAGGAGGUUGGGAGGCGGUGAUGGACUGGAAGGAUGUCCUCUCUGGAGGAGAGAAACAAAGAAUGGGCAUGGCUCGCAUGUUUUACCACAAGCCCAAGUAUGCCCUACUGGAUGAGUGUACAAGUGCCGUCAGCAUUGACGUUGAGGGCAAGAUAUUCCAGGCUGCAAAGGAUGCUGGGAUCUCCCUGUUGUCCAUCACACACAGGCCUUCUCUCUGGAAGUACCACACGCACCUGCUGCAGUUUGACGGAGAGGGCGGCUGGCGGUUCGAGCAACUGGACACGGCCACCCGACUCUCCCUCACCGAGGAGAAACAGCGUCUGGAGGCCCAGCUGGCAGGCAUUCCCAAAAUGCAACAGAGACUGAAUGAGCUGUGCAAGAUCCUAGGUGAGGACUCAGUGCUGAAGACGGCCACCACGGAGGAGUGACAGCCAGAGACACUCUCACAGACAAGUGUUACUGUUCCUCACGGACCGACACACAGGUCUCAUACUUUAACCACUUCUAAUGGUACAUCUUUCAUGAGGCCCAUAUUUGGAGUCCUCUAAAACUAAAUUUAAAUCAGGGAUAAAGAAACCGCUGUUCAAAUCCAGAAUUACUCCCUUUUCACUGCAGUAAUAGUCAUGCUUUUCUUCACCACAUUGUUCUCUGCACAAACUCUCUGAAUAUAGCAGGUCUGUUUUAGUUUUCAAUCCACUCUUUUCCAUAAUCUUAGUUACAUGUGGUAAAAAGAUAUGGUCUUAAGCAAUGCUCCCAGUAAGCUGUGCGCUUGGUUCAUUUCCGGAGUGCACUCAAGGCCAAACACAGGACAUACAUCAGGCCACCUACAAUUUACUUCUUUACACAGCUGGACAAUUUUAGUUAAGCAAUUCCAGGUAAAAGUCUCGCUCUGUGGUACUACGGCAGGAGGUGGGACUCAAAUCUGCAGCCUUCAAAUCCGGAGGCAGCAGCUGCAACCACUACGCCACCUGCUGCCCCUUGUAAUGGACAGACAGUGUAAAUUCCUGGUGGCUGUUGCUGCUCUCUGUCCACUGUACACGGUUUCUGUCUUUGUCUUGCUGCUCUCGCUGAUACUGUUUCUUUUUAUAGUCUGAUCCUUUACAUCGCGGUGGAUGUUUUAACUUCGUCCUCAUGGUGCACAUAUUUCAGCAGUGUCUAAAAAUGUUGCCCAGAAAUAAUUUAUUGUGCAAAUGCUGAGUUGGAGAUUAGAGGGAACAUUGCCCUUAAGUAAUACAAACACACACACAUUUUCUGAACCGCUUGUCCCAUAUGGGGUCGCGGGGAACUGUAGC